AUGGCUGAUAAAGUAGUUGUCGCCGUAGCCGUGGCUGUGCUGGUGGUCGUCCUCUCUCUCGCCAAGUUGAAGUCAUGGCUCUGUGCGAAGCCGAAGCCCAAGCUUCACCUUCCACCGGGCCCAUGGACGCUGCCGGUGAUUGGCAGCCUCCACCACCUCAUGAGCAGUCCGUUGCUCCACCGCACGCUGCGCCGCCUCUCGCAGAAGCACGGCCCGCUGAUGAUGCUCCGUCUCGGAGAGGUACCCUUGCUGGUCGUGUCGUCACCUGAGGCCGCACAGGAGAUUCUCAAGACCCACGACACGACGUUCGCCGACCGGAUCACCAGCGCCACCACCUCCUCGAUGACGUACAACCCAACCAACAUGGCGUUGUCGCCCUACGGCGAGCGGUGGCGCCAGCUCCGCAAGAUCUGCGUGAUGGAGCUGCUCAGCGCGGCCCGAGUCCAGUCGUUCCGGCGCACACGCGAGGAGGAGGCGGCACGGCUGGUGGCGAAGGUGGCGGCGUCGGCCGCCGUGGCUUCCUCCAUGGACAUGUCUGCGGUGUUCAAGGCGUUCAUCUCUGACACCAUCACGAGGGAGUGCGUCGGCAGCCGGAGCCAGUACCAUGACGUGUACGUCAACGCAUUCCAUGAGGCGAUACGGCAUUCGUCGGGGCUAUCCGUCGCCGACGUCUUCCCGUCAUCUAGGAUCAUGCAGAUGCUAGCCACGGGACCGCGCAACGGGCUCGCAUGCCGUGACAGGAUGCAGCGAAUCCUCGAACUAGUCCUCAAGGAGAAGAAGGAAGCUAUGGACCGCGGCGACCAGACAGUGCAGGAGACCUUCGUCGGUGUCCUGCUCAGGCUCCAGAAAGAGGGAGACGCACCCAUUGAACUCACCGACGGCACCAUCUGCUCACUCAUGUUUGACAUGCUUAGCGCGGGAAGCGACACGUCGACGAGCGUCCUGACCUGGUGCAUGACUGAGCUGAUCCGGUACCCGACGGCGAUGGCCAAGGUCCAGGCCGAGGUGCGAGAAACCUUCAAAGGUAUGAGCAGAGUCACUGAGGAGGACAUUGCUACGGCUGACAUUAGCUACCUCAAGCUCGUGAUCAAGGAAACCCUAAGGAUGCACACUCAGCUACCGCUACUGAUCCCGCGCCGGUGCCGGAAGGCGUGCCAGGUGAUGGGAUACGACAUCCCGGAGGGCACAACAGUGAUGGUCAACGUUUGGGCCAUCUGUAGGAAUCCUAAGUAUUGGGACGAUCCCGAGGAGUUCAAGCCGGAACGGUUUGAGAAUAGCAACCUUCAGUACAAGGGUACUAACUAUGAGUACCUGCCAUUCGGAUCCGGCCGUCGUAUGUGCCCCGGCGCAAACCUUGGCCUGGCAAAUGUCAACCUCGCGCUGGUCAGCCUUCUGUACCACUUCGACUGGAAGCUGUGUGAUGGACUGGAGCCUAAGGACGUCGACGUAAGCGAGGAUGUGGGAUUAGUCACAAACAAGAAAACCAGCCUGGUCCUGUGUCCCGUUACUCGCAUUGCUCCAGCUGAUGUGUAA